UAUUUAAAACGAAUACGACUCGAAAGAACGUAUAUUAUUCCUUCCUACAAUAACCUUCUUUAUCGAAUAAAAACCCCAUUCGUAAUCUUGGCAUCCCUCGAUCUAGCCACUACGGUAUCCAUGCGUUAGGUCCUUUGCUGGCUUCUUUUGUGCCGUACGAUGAUUAUCUUAAAGGAUGUUUGUCAGGAAAUGAUCUAACGUUAAAGCCGGAUGUGUAGAUCACUCUUGGUAUCAGUCGUACUACUUGAAAUAAUGACCUAGAUAUACAGUGAGCGGUUAUGAAACAAAGGAUUACGCACGAUAAUGUCCAGGUUAUAGUCAGCCAGUGGGUACCAAAGGUUAAAGUACAGUUAUAUCCCUUGACUGAAUCUUGCCUUGCAUCCAGAACACAGUCAAUAAUUCGAGGUGCAAAGUGGUGACAACGUAGUUAGAAUGACAAAAAGUAACCGGAGUAUAAUAUACGAAGACGGGGCAAAUGCAGAGAUGACAACGACACCAUGGCUUCAUACUGUCAAGUCGUGCAUCUACGUAAAUUACACAAUAGCAGAUCAAUCCUGUACCGAAAAAAAUGGGAAUUUUAAUGUAUACGUGAAUAAUAUGAUACAUGCUUACGUGAAGUUGUCGUAAUCUAGUCUUCCUGUCAUGGCCUCCGUUCAAGAAUAGUAUUCGUCAAGUAUUCAUCGAUUGAUUAUAACACGUAUGACAGUAGUUCGAAGAAAGAGAUUAUGACGCGAUGAACAAGUCGUAGCACUGGACUUGUACCCGUUUCUCUUCUUGUUUCUUCCUUCUCUUCCAAUAUCCACUGUCUUUUUCAAACUUGCUCUUUCCAUUUCACCUUCUGGUGAAAGAGCAUGUUGCUAAACACCGUCUGGUUGACUAUGCUGUUGUCUGGUCAACGCACAUCCACAUGUCGCUCCGCAUGCAUAAAAAUUCUCUCACAUCGCAUUAAAAUCUCUGCCUCUUCCUUAAGCACAUGAU